CUGAAAUAAAACAAAACAAUUCUUCCUCUUCGUGAAUAAUACUAGAUCUUUGUGUCAUCUGGAGAAUAUCUUCUCUAGGGUUAGGGUUCGGGUUAGGUUUAUAAAUUACAUGUCAAACGUACAAAUUGAAGCUGUAACAACGGUGGAUUGACCAUUUACUUGGUUAACUGUAGCAGAACAGUAUACCUGAACAUUUUGUUGGUUAAAUGUAGCAAAACUCCACAGAAUGAUGGAAACUGAUGAUGUUAAAACCUUUCAUCAAUGUGUUGUUUGUGAUGAGAUUUUUCAACAACAUGAUGAUUUAGAAAAACACACAAAAGUACAUAUUAAAGAAGAGAAAACUGAUGAUUUAGAAGACUAUUUUCAUGUUAAAGAAGAGAAAACUGAUGAGAUAGAUGAAUAUUGUCAUGUUAAAGAAGAUAAAACUAAAGAUGUAGAUGAAUAUUGUCAUGUUAAAGAAGAGAAAACUGAUGAUGUAGAUGGAUAUUGUCAUGUUAAAGAAGAGAAAACUGAUGAUAUUGAAACUGUUUAUCAGUGUAAUUUAUGUGAUGAAGAAUUUAAAUCUGACACUGGUUUAGAAAAACACUGUGAAAUACAUGUUAAAGAUGAGAACAUGGAACAUGUUACACAAAAUAAUGAGACACAUUCUCAGAAACAAACAGACAUAAAGACACCUGAAAUACUUUAUAAAUGUGAUGUUUGUAGUAAAUCAUUCACAACCAAGUACAAUCUACACAGGCACGCCUGGAUUCAUACUGCAGAAAGGCCUUAUAAAUGUGAUGUUUGUAGUAAAUCAUUCACAGAUAAUAGUUACUUACAGAAGCAUAAGGGGAUUCAUACUGCAGAAAGGCCUUAUAAAUGUGAUGUUUGUAGUAAAUCAUUCCGAGAUCGUGGUGGGCGGCAGCAACACAUGAGAACCCAUACUACAAACAAACCUUAUAAAUGUGAUGUUUGUAGUAAAUCAUUCAUCAAAAGCAGUCAUCUACAGAGUCACACAAGAAUUCAUACGGGUGAAAAGCCUUAUAUAUGUGAUGUUUGUGGUAAAUCAUUUACAGAGAAUAGUUCUCGACGGAGGCACAUCAGGAUUCAUACCGGCGAGAAACCUUAUAAGUGUGAUGUUUGUAGUAAAUCAUUUUCAGACACUAAUUACCUACAAAAGCACAUGAAAAGCCAUACUAAAGAGAAACUCAUUACAUGUGAUGUUUGUGGAAAAUCGUUCAAUGACAAGAACUAUGUUAAGAUACACAUGAGAAUUCAUACCGGUGAAAAACCUUAUAGAUGUGAUAUUUGUGAUAAAUCAUUUACAUACAUCAGCUGUUUUACCACACACAUGAGAAAUCAUUCUGGGGAUAAACCUUAUAAGUGUGAUGUCUGUGCUAAAGCCUUCGUUCAGAUUAGAAAUCUUCAGAUUCACAUCAGAAAUCAUACUGGCGAAAAACCUUAUAAGUGUGAUUUUUGUAGUAAAUCGUUUUCUAGAAUUGAUGGUCUACACAGACAUACAAGGACACAUACCCGAGAAAGACCUUUCAAGUGUGAUGUUUGUAGUCAAUCGUUUUCUAGACGAUAUGAAGUACGAAAUCAUGCAAGAACACAUACCUGAGAAAAACAUUUUAAAUAGGAUGUUUGUAGUCAAUCGUUUUCUAGACGAUAUGAAGUACGAAAUCAUGCAAUAACACAUACCUGAGAAAAACAUUUUAAAUAGGAUGUUUGUAGUCAAUCGUUUUCUAGACGAUAUGAAGUACGAAAUCAUGCAAGAACACAUAUCUGAUGAAAAACAUUUGUGAUAAAUUGUUUACCUUGAAUUCUGCUACGCAACCACAAAAAUAAAAAAUCAUACCUAAAUGUAUAAUUGUGAUUAUUGAUGCAUCUGUUAAAUGGGGUGGGGGUGGGGGGCGAAUGGUUAGAUCAUGCACGCUGUAUCAUAAGAUCUGUCAUUGAGUCAACUGGUGUGGUUUUCAUUCCUCAGUUGUACAUCGCCUGUCCAAACUCGUGGGUUUUCUCUGGGUCCUCCCAUUGCUAAAAACACCUACGCACAAGCGAAUUAUUGAAAUUCCCCAAGGUCUGUCAUUGAGUCAACUGGCGUGGUUUCUAUUCCUCGAUUGUAGGUAAUCAGGAGAAAGGUCGCCUGUCCAACCUCGUGGGUUUUCUCUGGGUCCUCCCACUGCUAAAAGCACAUACGCGCAAGAGAAUUAUUGAAAUAAAAUUGAACCAUGCGUUAGUCCUGAAAUGACCCAGUUUGUGUCGAUUGGACAUUAAAUCCCAUUUCUCUCUCUUGUUAAUCAGAUUUGUGGUCUGUAAAGUUGCAUUGAAAUUUAUACAGGAGAAAUAAACCUUUUAAAUGCAAUGUUUGUGGUAGAUCAUAUACCUUGUAUUCUGCUCUAAUCACAAACCAAAGAAAAAGUUUUAAAUGUGAUUUAUGUGGUAACCUUUACUUAUAAAUUUCAAAUUGUUCUGAGCAUAGUUAUGAGAGAGAGAGAGAGAAAUGGGGUUUAACGUCCACUCGACACAAACUAGGUCAUUUCAGGAGUAACAUAUGGUUUAAUUUUAUUUCAAUAAUUCGCUUGCGCGUAGGGGUCUUUAGCAGUGGGAGGAAACCGAGGACCCGGAGAAAACCCACGAGGUUGGACAGGCAACCCUACUCCUUGUCACGUACAACCGGGGAUUCGAAGAAAUGAAAUGGGGUUUAACGUCCUUCUGUUUUGCUCCGAACUGGGCUAAUGAAGAUGGCCGGGGAUUCGAAACCACGCCAGUUAACUUAAUGACAGGCCUCAUGAUACAGUGCGCACAUGCUAACCAUUCGGCCAUCCAUCCCCCCUAGCAUAGUUAUGCGUAUUUAAAGUUAGAAGAAAAUAAAUGAAAUUGUUUUGUU